AUGCUGGGAGUCACCAGAGUUCCCCUUAGCGGUGCUGGGGAUAGACCCGGAGUGCCAUCUUCUGGUCUCCGAGAUAAUGUGAAGGGCAGGAGUGGGAUGCGGGGUCUGCCGAAGAAGCCCCUCAAUGAAGAACAGCUCCAGGAUACGUGGCAGGCUGUACCCAAGUCAGCCAGCGAGCUCUCUAUCAUCACCCAGUGCGACUUUGAGGACAAUGCCAGACCCCUCUGUGACUGGUCCCAGGAUUCUAAUGAUGAUGGGAACUGGACCCGAGACAAAGUGUCCUUCCCUGAUAGUGGAAUUGGGCCCCCUGGGGGAUACCCCAAAGAUGGCUACUACCUGCAUAUGCUCGCUAUCACCUUCCCUCCGGGGGGCGUCGCACGUCUACGAAGCCCCCUGAUCUGGGAACAAGGGCCUAUGUGUAUCCGCUUCGCCUACCGCCUCUUCGGGUUUUCCUGGGGUGCCCAGCUUAGGCUGUUGCUGCAAGCCAAGCAGAAGGGUAAGCACCCCAUCACGCUUUGGAAGCACCGCAACUAUCAGAGCCCGUCCUGGGUGCCCACCGCCAUCACAGUACCUGCUGCGGGACUCUUCCUGCCCAGACGGCUGGUGUUUGAAGGGGUGCAGGGCAGCACGAGUUACCUGGACAUCGCCCUGGACGCCAUCUCUCUUCAUAAGGGCUCCUGCAAUCAGGUCUGCAUAGUACAGAUGUGCAACUUUGACAAGCUGAACGAUCUCUGCGGCUGGAGCUGGGUCCCCACGGCCACGGGAGCCAAGUGGGUCCAAAAGAAGGGGCCUUCAGGUGUCCCCGACGUGGGACCUGACUACGAUUUCUCCAGACCUGGUGGUGGCUUCUAUAUGCUCCUGGACCCAAAGAAGGCCAAGGCCCAGCAGAAAUCUGCCCUGCUGAGCCCUGUGAGCCAGUCGCGGGGUUGCCUGAGCUUGUCUCUCCACUAUACACUGCGUGCCAGCUCCCCAGGGGCCUCGCUCACUGUCUUCGCCAAGCCGGUGGGCAACAUCCGGAAACACACUCUCCUCCUGGCACAACCCACCACAGGCUGGAAGACCGCCUCUGUCAACUACACAGGCCAGGGGUUCGUUCAGUUCAUCAUCAUAGGCAUGUUUGGAAAGAGACCAGAGCCUGCAGUAGCUGUGGAUGAAAUUACCAUUGCUCCCUGUGGAGACACUUUUCCAGGAUGUGACUUUGAAGAUGAUAAGCAUCCCUUCUGCGACUGGUCCCAGGUCCCAGAUAGCAGCGGAGAGUGGGCCUGGGGAAAUAAAUCGAGCCCCGAAACAACCUCCAUCGGAGGAACUUUAAAACGCGGGUUUCAUUUCAUCUACUUGUUAGUCAACAAGUACUCUCUUGAGGGCCAGGAUUUCCGACUGAUGAGUCGGCCAUUCUGUGCCCCUGGUGCCAUCUGUGUGGAGUUUGUCUACCAAAUGUUUGGUAUUGGGAAUGGCACGAUCUUCAGUUUGCUGCUCUCCAGCCCUGCGGGCACCAUUCCGAAAUCUAUCUGGAUCCGGGUGGGGUCCCAGAAACCUGAAUGGCAGAACGCCUCUGUCACCAUCCCGCCAGGACUUCCCCAACCUAUGCAGCUGAUCCUGAAAGCCACCAGGGGAUCCAACAUGGCAUUUAUCGUGGCUGUGGGCUUCAUUGGAAUCAGUCAAGGGGCCUGUCGAGGACCAUCCACUGUCCCCACGGAAACGUCCACUGUGAGCUACACAGCAACUCCCACCUUGCCCUCAGAACAGACUACAGGCCACACAGAAACAACUGGAGGACCCACAAAAAAACCCACUCUCUCUGGGAAACAGAACAUCAAAUCUCAAGAGCACACUUCCCCUCCCAAAGGGAAAAAUUUCCCUCCUCAAGAAUCUCCUGCCUCCUCUAAAAAGUGUAUUUUCCCCCAUGAGAAAAUACCCAGCCCUUCUGUAGAGGAAAAUGUCCAUGCAGUGAAAACUACUCUCCCUGAAAAGCAAACCACUCCUCAUGAGAAGUCCACUGUCCCCUCUAAAGAACAAGCCAAGCCCACUGUGUGGCCCUGUAAACCCAUAGAAGGGCCCACUAUCCCUACAAAAGAGAUCACAAUCCCCACUAAAAGUCCCACAGAAAAACCCACAGAAAGACCUACUGUCCCCACAGAAAAACUCACUGUCCCCACAGAAAAACCCACUGUCCCCACAGAAAAACCUACUGUGCCCACAGAAAAAUCUACCAGUCUCACCGAAAAAUACACUGUUCCCACAAAAACAUCUCCCAUUCCCACAGGAAAACCCACUGUCCCUACAGAGAAACCCACAAUACCCACAGAAAAAACCACUGUCACCACAGAAAAAUCUACCAUGUCCACAGAAAAACACACUGUAUCUCCAGAAGAACUCACUAAAACAUCUACUGUUCCCACAGAAAGUACCAUUAUCCCCACAGAGAAACCUACUGUCCCCACAGAAAAAACCACUGCCCCUACAGAAAAAUCUACCGUUCCCACAGAGAAACCCACUGUUUCCACAGAAAAAACCAUUGUCACCACAGAAAAACAUACUGUCCCUACGGAAGAACUCACUACAACAUCUACAGUUCCCACUGAAAAUACCACCGUCCCCACAGAGAAACCCACUGUCCCCACUGAAACAUCAACUAUCCUCACUGUCCUCACUGAUAAACCUAAAGAAAAAACAACUGUCCCCACAGAAACACUCACCACCAUCACAGAAAUGUCUACCAUUUCUACAGAGAGGCUCACCACCGCAGUCACAGAAAAAUCCACUGUCCCCAUAGUACAAACCACUGUCCCCACAGAAAAGCCCACUAUACCCACAGAGAAGCCCACUGUCCCCACAGAAAAAUCCACUGUCCCCACCCAGAUACCCCUGGUUCCCACGCAAAGCUCCACGACGCCAGAAACCUCGGUGAGUGCUACUACGUCAGAAACCUCGGUGACUUCUACUAUGUCAGAAACCUCGCUGACUACUACUAAAACUUCCCAGACUGCCACAACGAACAUCAUAACAACACAGGGAUUUCCUCAAGAGACCUGCCCCCUAAAUGCCCACUUCGAAAAUUGUGGUUGCUUGGCCUCCUGUACCAAUUCCAAGCCUAACUGUGGUAACCAAUGCCAGAGAGGCUGUGUCUGCGAUUCUGGCUAUUUAUUUAGCAAUAAUAGCUGCAUUGAGGCCGCAUCCUGCAGUUGCUUCCACAAUAACAAUUACUAUAAGACUGGGGACAUCUGGUUCAGUGCCAACUGCUCCGAGCGCUGCCACUGCUUGCCAGGCAGUCAGACAGUAUGCCAGAUGGCCCGCUGUGCGGCCCACUCGGUGUGCCAGCUGAGAAAUGGCCAUUACAGAUGCCAUCCCUAUGGUUCUUCUGUUUGCUCCAUAUACGGACACACAAACUACAUCAGCUUCGAUGGGAAUCGCUUCCGCUUCUUGGGCAAGUGCACCUAUAUUAUGGCUCAGCCUUGUGGCAACUCCACAGAGCCAUUCUUCAGGGUGACAGCAAAGAAUGGGGACCAAGGACUAAAAGGAACAUCCAGCCUAAGCCAUGUCUAUGUGACACUGCCCAAGAUUCUGCCCAUCACUCUGUUGAAGGACCGUCGAGUGUUGUACGGGGGCCAGGAGCUCGUGGUGCCGAUGAAUCCUUCCAAAGGCAUCUUCCUAUUCUCAAGCGGGCGCUUCCUGGAGCUUCAGACACCGAUGGGUUUGAAACUGAGAUGGGACGGUGAGGAGCAGCUAUUUAUAAAUGUGCCCAGCACCUACUCAGGCAAACUCUGUGGUUUAUGUGGAAACUAUGAUGGUGACAAAAUUAAUGACAACCGGAAGCCAAAUGGCGAAGAGGCUAAGGACGAGGAGGAGCUGGGAAACAGCUGGCGGACGGCAGAGGAUGAGGACAAGGAGUGUCAGAAGACAGAGGUACCUCCUGCAUCUUGUGACUCAAUUUUGCUGGGCCAUCUGUCAGGGCCCCAGUUAUGUGGCCGGCUGGUGGAUACACAAGGACCCUUUGCGGCCUGCCUCCCACAUGUGUCAGCCAACCUCUUUUUCGAGAACUGCAUGUCCGACAUGUGCAACUUCCAGGGCAUGCCGCAGAAUCUGUGCUCACACCUGUCGGCCUUCACGGAGACCUGCCAGGAAGCCGGCUACACAGUGAAGCCCUGGAGAGAACCCCAGUUCUGCCCUUUGAGCUGCCCUAAAUUUAGCAAGUACAACCUGUGCAGCAGGGUUUGCCCUGAGAACUGCUAUUCCAACAUAUCGGGCCAGAACUGCCAGAAUCGGUGCACAGAGGGUUGCCAGUGCGAUCCUGGCUACCUGCUCAGCGGCCUGAACUGUAAGGCUCCCAGAGAUUGCGGGUGCAUGGAUCAUUACCACAGGUACUGGACGAACAAGGACAAAUGGUACAAACCAGGCUGCAGAUAUAAGUGUGAGUGCUCAGACCCUGGAAAACUCCUUUGCUACCGGUCACGUUGCUCUUCGUCUCAGGUCUGCAACUAUUUGAAUGGCCAGUAUGGCUGCCACCAACAAAACUUUGCCUUCUGCACAAUCUCCGGAGACUCCCACUACCAGACCUUUGAUGGGGCCCUGAACCACUUUAUGGGCACCUGCACUUAUGUCCUCACCAAGUCCUGUAUGUCCAACGGCUGGGAAACCCACUUCAUUGUGAGUGCCACCAAGGAGUUCCGCCUGGGGAACCAGGACACCACAUUCAUCAGCGCUGUACACGUGGAGGUUUACAACAUGAAGAUCUCCCUGCUCAAAGGCGCCAAGGUCGUGCUGAAUGGAGAGCGCGUGCUGCCACCCCUGUCGCUGCUCGAAGGCCGUGUGAUCCUGCGGUACACUGGCAUCUUCCUCGGCCUCUACUUUGACUUCGGGCUCCUGGUGCGCUAUGAUGGGAACCAUUUUGUGGAGGUGAAGGUGCCAGCCAUCUAUGCCGGUCGCCUCUGUGGGCUGUGUGGGAACUAUAACAACAACAGCCUGGACGACAAUGAGCUAUCAGAUCCGGAGUACCCCUGGAAGAUCCAGGAUUCCUCUGAAGCAGGUUGCUUCACGACCCUCAAGCCACAGAGAUGCCUGAAGAAGUCAAACUACUGGGAAAAGGACUGUAACAUCCUGAUGAACCCCCAGGGACCCUUCUCCAAAUGCCACAAUGUGGUGGCCCCACAGGUCAGCUUCUCUAACUGCGCAGUCAGCCAGUGUGGAAGCCGAGGCGACCACUCUAUGCUCUGUCGCUCGCUGCAGGCCUAUGCCGCCCAGUGCUCCAGGGCUGGCCUGGUCUUGAAUUGGAGAAACAGCACCUUUUGCCCCCUGAGGUGCCCAAGAGGCAGCAAAUACAGCACGUGUGUUAGGCUCUGCCAGUACACUUGCCAAGAAAGGUUCGGCUGGAUGCCCUGUCCUCCCACUCAACCCUGUUCUGAGGGCUGCCAGUGCGAGGAAGGCCACUUCCUCAAUGGUGUGACCUGCAUACACCUCCAUAACUGUGGCUGCUCUCUGGGCCUGAACAACUACCAUUCGACCUGGGACAACUGGUAUUCAGACAAGACCUGCUCCAGCAUCUGCUCCUGCUCCAGCGUCAACCAGAGCUCCUGCCACCCAACCACCUGUGGGCCCAAUCAAUGGUGCUGGACCCAGCAUGGGCUCACUCGCUGCCGGAACUCAUAUGCCGGCAUUUGCAGCAGUUUCCGCAAGAAGUACUUUAACUACGAGAGUUUCGAUGGUGCCAAACAUGAGGUCCGAGGCAACUGCUCCUAUAUCUUGGCCAUGAGCUGCCACUUCACGACUGAAACGCCUUUCUUCAAGAUCUCAGUCCAGAACAUGCAGUGGGAGAAGGGCCCCGAGCUCACCUCAGUAGUCCGGCAGAUUCAUGUGGAUGCCUUUGGAUCUCGGAUCACGCUGCAAAGGGAUAACUUGGUGCUGAUCAAUGGCACACAGGUGAAACUCCCCUACAAAGACAAUGUCACCUUUAAGGAAGGUGAGAUCCCUAAGCCGAGAUACAAAAUCUGGAUGGCUAUGAACUACACAAGGCUUAUUCUGUGGGAUGAGGUGAUAGUCAAGUUUAAGGGUGAUAUGAAUCGCUUGACGAUCCAAGUGCCUGGAGACUACUAUGACAAAGUCUGCGGCAUAUGUGGAAACUAUAAUGGGGAGAUAGAAGACGAUCAUAUGAUGCCCAACACCGAAUUAGCCCUGAAUGAAAUGCAGUUUGUCAGCAGUUGGCAAGAUAAGGAGCUCACCCCAAAUUGCCUAUCAGAGAAUGAGAAGACCCUGAAGGAGUUAUCGCUGCAGGUUAAAAACAGAUGCCUGGAGGCUGACCUGUCCCGGGCCCAGGAGCAGUGCCAGGAGGCCUUCAGGAACCCAGCCUGGGUGCCCUGUGCUGUGCAUCUGAGCCUCGACCCCUACCUGCUGCGCUGUACUCAUAGCCUUUGCCUGUUCGGGGGCCUGAACCAGGCACUUUGCCAGGCUCUGCAGGCCUUCGAGGCCGACUGCCUGACACAAGGGCUCAGGGUCGACAUCUGGAGGAACAGUAGCUUCUGCCCUCUGGAGUGCCCUGCCCACAGCUUCUACACCACCUGCUUGUCCCCCUGCUUGCCCACAUGCGGGAAGAAGCCAUGUCGGACAUCUCAAGAGUCAAUCCGGUGUCAGGAAGGCUGCGAAUGUGAACAUGGCUUCCUGCUCAAUGAUCGGCUCUGUGUGCCUGAGAGCCAGUGCGGCUGCAAGCACCCUGAGGGUGGCUUCCUGGCCGGGGGGAAGACGUGGGUGUCCCCGGACUGUACCCAGAGCUGCAUAUGCACCAUGGGCUCCCUGCAAUGCUCGCCUUUCACCUGCCCAUCUGGCUCCCAUUGCCAGUUCCAUGACCAGGACACCGCCAUCUGCAAACCUGACAAGUCGGAACAGUGCUCGGUGUUUGGGGAUCCCCAUUACCUCACGUUUGAUGGUCUCCUCUACACCUUCCAUGGCCGCAUGACUUAUACUCUCCUAAGGACCAUCAACAAGAUACCCGAGGGUCUGGAACCUGUGGAGGUGGAAGGGCGAAACCGCCUCUCCGCACCCUGGGUCUUCGAGAAGCAAAACAUCUAUACCUUGUACGAGGUGAUCGUGCGGGUCCAUGGCUAUGUCAUCCACAUGAUGACCAACCUGGAACUGGUAGUGAACAAACAGAGAGUGACCAUCCCCUUCAAGCCCAAUGACAAUCUGCAGGUCACCAUGCGGGGCCACCGUAUGUAUCUGGUGACCAACUUUGAGCUGGUGGUCAGCUUUGAUGGAAAGGAGAAUGCAGUCAUCUCCCUGCCCACCACGUACCAGGGCCUGGUGCGUGGCCUGUGUGGUAACUUUGACCAGGACAAGUGGAAUGAUUUCACCAUGCCUGACGGCACGCGCGUGCAGGGCCCUGUCAUCUUCGGCAACAGUUGGGAGACUAAGAAACACCACAAGGGACAGCUCCGCUUCUCCAGGGCCCUAAGAGAGGAGGAGGAGGAGGAGGAGGAGGUGGGCUUGUCCCAGUGCAGUGGUGAGCAGCAGGCACUCAUCAACAGCACCUCAGCCUGUACAGUGCUCGUCGACCCCCAGGGCCCCUUUGCUGCCUGUCACCACCUCGUGGCCCCGAAGCCCUUCCAAGAGCAUUGUGUGCUGGCUCUGUGUGGCCCCCAGGAGCCCCGGCUCAAGGAGGAGAUGCACUGUCAGAUCCUCGGCGGCUAUGCCAGCACCUGCCAGGAGGCAGGCAGCAUCCUGGGCCUCUGGCGGAAGCAAACCCACUGCGCCUUGGAGUGUCCACCCAACACCAUCUACCAGAGCUGCAUGAGCCCCUGCCCAGCUUCCUGUGCCACCCUGGAGGCCCCCAGAGCGUGCAGAGGCCCGUGCAUGGAGGGUUGUGCCAGUCUGCCUGGCUAUGCCUACAGCGGUACCCGAAGCCUGCCUCGGGCCCAAUGUGGCUGUACCAGCGCUGGACGCUACUACCAGCAGGGUGAGAGCUUCCUGAAUGAGAACUGCUCACAGCGCUGCACCUGUGUCCAGUUCGGGCUCCUGCAGUGCCAGCCCCACCAUUGCCACCAGGGUGAGAUCUGCUCUCUGGGCAAUCUCACUCGAGGCUGCUUCCGAGAGAGCCCAUGCCUACAAAAUCCCUGUCACAAUGACGGGCGGUGUUUGGAGCAGGGGAACCACUUCGUCUGCAAGUGUGAACCCGGUUAUGGGGGACACCUCUGCACUGAGCCUGAUGAUAGGCCAGAUAUAUUCAGCUUUAUGAUUACUUGUCUGGUAAAGUUGGUGCUACAGGUCACGUGGGUGCUACUGGUCGUGCUGGUGCUACUGGUGGUGGUGGGCCAGGUAUGUGUCCUCAGCAAGAAGUGGAAGAUGCGGUGA